AUGGCUGAUUCAGAUGAAAAUUGGAAGGAAUUGGCUGCCCAGAAGGAAAGAGAAUGGAAGGAAGUCACAAAUCAAAGAAUACAAACCCUGGAGGCAGCUUACAAAGACAAGGAUAGACAGCUUCAAGAGGAAAAAGCAAAAUUCACAAAACUUAAAGAAGAUUUCAAGUACAACAUGAAAGUCCUCGAGGAGAGAGACAAGGAACUAGAAACAUAUGACCUAACUUUCAGUGAGCUGAAGUCCAGCCUGAAUGUAAAGAAUGGAGAGAUUAGUGAGAUGAAGAUUAAGUUGGAUGACAUGAAAACCUGGAGUGACAGGGAGAACCAAGCUCGAGAAGAACUGCAACUUCACUAUCAACAAAGAUUGAAAGAGAAACAGGCAGAAAUUGAUUCUUACAGAUGUUCCAAAGACUCUGAGUUACAGCAGGAAAGAAAAGAAUUUGAGAAUUUCAAAAGGAAUCUUCAGAGAAAAUUGACUGAAGUUGAAGAAGAACUGGAUACACAAAGAAGGGAACUUAGUGCAGAAUUUGAAGAUUCCUUGAAGAGAAGGGAGCAUGAAUUUCGUUUACAAACAGAUGAAAUGAGCACAAAAGUUUUAGAGUAUGAACUAAAGGCCAAGUUAUUGGGUAAGGAGAUGGAGAUAAUGAAGGCAGCACAGGACAGGAAUGCCAAGGAAUACACUGAGGUUGAGAAGAAUCACAGACAGCUAGAAAAAGCUCUCAAGGAAAAGGACUGGGAACUCUCUGACUUGUCAGCCAUGAAGGAUGCAAGGAUUUCUGAUCUUGAGAAACAGAUACAACAGGCAGAGGUGACCAUGAAUAGAAUGAAAGAAGACUUUCAGAGAAAUAUUGUUGGUUUUUACCCAGAAAUGUUUUUGUUACUCAGACACAGUGAGAUGGACAGAUAUGGACGUGAGAAAGAGGCAGCUCUCGCCAAGGUAAAGGAAGGGUAUGCAGACAGGGAGCAGUCAUUAUCUGUCACUAUUAGGGAAUUGCAAUCUAACAUUGAGGACAGUCAGGUAGAAAUACGCAAACUACAGUGGGCGAGACAAGACCUGGAGAAAGAAAAGGAUCUACAGACUCAGAAAUUACAAGAUGAGUUGUGUGAGAUGAAGACAAAGUGGGAGAAGCAGGUGACGAAUGUAUCCCGUAGUCAGGUCAAUAAGGAUCUCGAGCUAGAGGCACUCAAAGAAACUGAGGCUAAGAUGAAGACUAACCUUCAGCAAAGGAAGGAAGACAUCGAGAGAUACAAGAAGGAGUUGAGUCUGGCUGCAGAGCGAGAAAAUAGUUUGGAGAGAAGUAAAGCUCAGUUAGAGCUUGACUGGCAGAGACGGUUUGAGGAUCUGGAAAGGCAGCAGUAUGAAAAGUCAGAGGAUUUUGUGAAGAAGCUUACUCGAAGCAGGGACGAUGCAUUGGCGACAGUGAAAGAGAAAGAGCGAGAACUACAGCACAGAGAAACAUUGAUCAGGACACUUUACCAUGACAGAGAGCAGGCCUUAGCCACACUCAGGAAACAUAGCAUUGCUGUUGAAAAAACCAAUAAUGUUGACAUGGAGAAAGUAUGGUUAACAGCAAAUUCUGAGGAUGUUGAACGUCUCCAGAAACAAAAUGACAGCCUCAGGUCAGUUAUCAAGGAAAUGAGGAUGCAGAUGGAAAAUCUUGGCCAGGAACUUCCUGUUUCAGACAGAGACUUGGAGUCAAAGGAAUAUCCUGGAAACAGAGAUAAAGAUUAUGUUGAAAAUCUUCAGCAGGAAAUUCGUUCUUUGAGAAAGAAAACAAGAGAUUUGGAAAAUCUUGUUGAGGAAGGAAAGCGGUAUGGAAAGAUACCUGUCGCAAUCUCGUCUGCCACAGAGCAAGAAGUAAUGACGGAAGUGAAGGACAACCCCACACUCCGACACCAUAUAAGUUCUCUAAAUGAAACCAUUGGUGCACUUAGGUCAGAAAAAGUAGAGCUGUCUGCCCAGGUAAAAAAGCAGCAGGCCAGAAUACAACACCUGGAGAAGUCUGUGGAACAACUCUCUAAGGAGCCUCGCCAAAAGCAAGUAGAGGUGGAUCAACUGAGGUAUGAUCUCAGUGCUAGAGAGAGGCGUAGCCAGGCAGAAAUCGCUAGCAUGAGGCAAAGGGUGUCGGACCUAGAGAUGCAGCUUGCUGAAGCCAGGAAGGAGAGUGAUGAGUAUUACCGCAGCAACCUAGAGAGGAACAUGGAGGUUACAGGACUGCGACAGGAGAUUUCUGCUCUGAAGCUAGAAAUGGCUGACAAGCGACCAACAGUAAAUUUUGGAGCACAGGAGCUAAUGAUACAGCAGCUAGAAGAUGAAAUAUCACGAUUGAGGCAGCAAGCUCCAGAACAAGAAGGGUCUGUGGAUCUUGGACCGCAAGGUCAUGCUAAGGGCAGUGUGGAAGAUCUAAAGCAUAAACUGAAAGGAGCAGCAAAACACAUAGCACAAUUAGCUAAGGAGAAACAACAGCUCAUUGAAAUGGGUAACCGGCUUAGAGCAGACCUCAAGAAAGCAGGCAUUCAACCUUCUCAUGGUCCUCCGAAGUCAGCUCCCUCCACUAACAGUCAAAAUGUUAUGUCACAAGAGAUGCUUAACAGACUAAGUCAGCUGGAACGCCUACAGUAUCAGCUGACGAGGCAGCAGCUGCAAUAUGCCCAGAAGUUUCCACCAUCGAAGCCUGAGGAGAGAGAUUAUUUGGAUUCUGAAAUUGAUGAGAGACCUCCUUCCAUUCUUAAGAAGUCUAUAGAUUUUGCUGAGACUGAUGAUAUCAUAGAUGUACGUGCUAGUUAUGAUACAACAGACUCACGGCGGUCAGGCCUGACAGACUCCUCCAGGGCACCGUCCUAUCAAGGAAAUUCUUCUCAGACUCGGGAACAGUUCCUGAUGAGCAUGUCAUCUGUUGGUGGAGAGUCUCUCCAGGAAAUCUGGAAGAUGAUGGAGGAGAGACCAAGUCCAAGUCCAUUUACACCACAUUAUCUUGACAAACAUGGUGAAUACCCGACCAACAAUACUGACCAAGGCCUGGAUAAUUCAGGAGAACUAAUUCUCAAAGGGAGAAAACCAAGUAUGGAAAUGCGAAGUAAAUCUGACUCAAAGUUAUCUCAAAAAGUUGCUGGAAAGAAAGGGGCUGUGAAAAAUGUGCGAAAACCAAAAAUCCGUAACUAUAAUGAAAAAGGAGUCCAGUGAUUAUAAAUGCUGUUAUUGGGACACAGUUCAGACACACUUGC